AGGUGAUGUCAACUUCUUCGCUCAGGUGGUGGUGAAAUCCAUCAAAGUUUCAUUACGAAUACUUCUAGUGAAGUAAAUUCAACUUUUUCAAGCAAUUUAAUACAUCCUCUUGUGCCCCUCAACGUCACUACGGAGAGCACGUCUCUAACUUUAGCCAAAUAACAAGCAAUCAUGGCGAUCAAGACACUUUCUGCAAAGAAUGCUGCCGCUUUGGACAAGGAUCUUAUGAGCAUCGGUGCAUUCUCAAUCGAUCAGCUUAUGGAAUUGGCAGGGUUGUCAGUUUCUCAGGCAGUCUAUCGUGUCCACCCUCCGACCAGAGGGAGAAGAGUGCUCGUUGCUUGUGGUCCAGGCAAUAAUGGUGGCGAUGGACUUGUUGCUGCCAGACAUCUGUGGCACUAUGGUUACAAGCCAACGGUAUACUAUCCGAAGCAGAGCAAGAAUGAUCUCUAUCAACGCCUCUCAACCCAACUUAAAAACUUGAAUGUCCCGUUCACGGAGGAUUUCCCAGCUGCACUCAAGGAAUCAGAUCAUGUUGUUGAUGCGAUAUUUGGUUUCUCGUUCUCCGGUAAAGUUCGCGAGCCAUUUCCAGCUGUCAUUGAAGCAUUGUCAAGUACCUCAAUCCCAGUCACCUCUGUCGACGCACCUUCCUCCUGGAACAUUGAGGAUGGACCACCGUCUUCAGGCCCAGGUUCGACUUUCAAUCCUGCAGUUCUGGUUAGUCUUACAGCACCAAAGCCUUUGGUUAAGUAUUUCAAAGGGCGACAUUUUAUCGGUGGGCGAUUCGUAAGUCCAGAUAUUCAGAAAAAGUACGAUUUGGAUCUCCCAGACUACGAAGGUAUCGAUCAGAUUGUGGAGGUCGGGGCAAAUGGUCAGAAGUUGUAAAGUAGUGUACAUUCUACAAGCCAGGACUUAGGUCAAUUCCCAGUUUCUAAGCGACGUCUAGUCUGUCUAGAGCCCAAA